AUGAUAUUCAUGGACCAGGAGGGUACGAAAAUGCAGGCCUUUGUUUUACAGAAAAACACUACUGGUUAUGAACAUUUGCUGAAAGAAAAUCAAUGUUUAACCAUUCGUAACCCUUCGAUGGGUGAAAAUCGUCAAAAAGUCAAAUAUGUUCAUACUUCGUUCAAGAUCAAUCUAAAUCCCAACACUACUGUCCAAGAAUGCAAUGAGCCUGUUGGUGCUGAAUGGGGAUUUGACUUUUCUCCAUUUGAUUCUAUUGUGGAUGACCCUCAAGAUGAUAGCAAGUCUUUCAAAAGCCCUAUUGAUGUUAUCGGUUUUGUUGUCAAGUGUCUUCCGUCAGAUGAUAAGAGUGAUAAUAAUAACGGCAAAGACGAGAAGAAGACAACCUUUAUUUUGGAAGAUUUGCAACACCAUCAGAUUUACGUCACGUUAUGGGGUUGUUAUGCUGAUCAGAUUUUGGAUUUUGAGAAAAACAAUAAGGACGAAAAGAAUGUUGUGGUUGUUGUUCAGUUUGGGAAGUACAGAUUUUGGGGAGGUAAUAUGUAUGUCUCAAAUUUGUAUAAUGUAACUCGAGUCUUGAUAAACUCUGAGGUGAAAGAGAUAAUGGAUUUCAAGAAAAGAAUGGCACACUAUGAAAACCCACUUACUCCCAAGAAGAGGGAUUGGAUUAUUAGAAAAAGCCAAGAGAAAAUAGGGACAUCCACUUCAAAAGAAGUGAUAGUUAAUAAGGAGUCUCAGGAAAUAGGCAAAAACCCACCAUGGGAAGACGAAUUAGAUGAAAAAUGGUCAGACCUCUAUAUGUUAGCCACUACUACAGUGAAUCUUGAUCCUUAA